GAACCGUGGAGACGGGAGCAGACUCGAUGGCGGUGGUACUGCGCUGUUGUUUGGCAGCGUUGAUGCUGUUUGUGGCCGGCCAGUGUGAUGCAAGAAGCCUCCCCACUGAACAAGAAUCUGGCAAGGAGCAGAGGAGCUUGCAGUGCAAUGGUGGGACAUAUUACUACCACCCGACGGCGCUGGGGAUGACCUACGCAGAGACCGUGUGCGAGCAGGAUUUCGGCGGUCGCGUCAUGUCCGCCAAUGUAGUGGAUCUCGCGUGCGGUGCGAACCUGCUCCGCAUGCCAGCGUUGCAGGCGAGUAACGUCAGCGGCAUUCCUGUUUUCCUCCAGAAUAGCAAAUCGUCGCCGCUCUUUGUCAUUGGAUUCUGCCACGUGUGGGACUUUAAGAGGAUGACAUUCAAUAAUCUCUGGUGCAGUGAUACGCUGCCUGUGAUUUGCGUCAAAGAUGCGUCUCUUCCCAGCACUGGCGGUGCAAGCUCUGCUAAUGCCGCCUCCAAUAGAUCCUCUGAAAGCACAAAUCCGAUUGGAAAUUCCAUGCAGCCUUCACUUCCUCCAGACAUUGUUGCUCUCCCACCGGUGAAUGUGAAUGUGCAUGAUAACACAACAACUUCUCCUGGCAGUAAUUUCGGCAGUGGGAACACCACGUCUACAGCACCGAGUGUUAGCGAUUAUGUCAUGCCGUCAGUACCCAGUGUGGUCGAUGAUGUCAUGUCGCCAGUACCCAGUGUGGUCGAUGAUGUCAUGCCGCCAGCACCCAGUACAUUCGAUGUCAUGCCGACGGUACCAAACAUGUUUGAUAUGCCGUCAGCACCCAGCGUGGCUGAUAAUACCAUGCUGUCGGUACCCCGUAUGGUCGAUGAUGUUAUGCCGAUGGUGCCCAACAUGUUUGAUAUCUUGCCGUCAGAACCCAGUGCAGUCCCUUAUGUCAUGCCGUCAGUGCCCAAUGUGGUUGAUGAUGUCAUUCCGGCAGUACCCCGUAUGGUUGAUGAUGUCAUGCCGUCAGUACCCCACAUGAGCGAUGAUGUCAUUCCGGCAGUACCUCGUAUGGUCGAUGAUGUCAUGCCGGCAGUAUCCCGUAUGGUCAAUGAUGUCAUGUUUAGAGCACCAGAUGGCGGCGAUGGAGUCACAACUACCAGUCCUCGGGGACCAACUGAUGCUGUGCCCAAAUUGCCCGAUGUUAUGCCGUCAGUACCCCGAAUGGUCGAUGAUGUCAUGUUUAGAGCAGAAGACGGUGGCGAUGGAAUCACAACCACCAGUCCCCCGGCAACAACAGACACUGUGCCCAAACUAUCCGAUGAUGUAAUGCCGCCAGUACCCCGAAUACUCGAUGAUGUCAUGCUUAGAGCAGAAGACGGUGGCGAUGGAAUCACAACUACCAGUCCCCCGGCAACAACAGACGCUGUGCCCAAACUGUCCAAUGAUGUAAUGCCGCCAGUACCCCGAAUACUCGAUGAUGUCAUGUUUAGAGCAGAAGACGGUGGCGAUGGCAUCACAGCCACCAGUCUCCCGGCAACAACAGACGCUGUGCCCAAACUGUCCGAUGAUGUAAUGCCGCCAGUACCCUCAAUACUCAAUGAUGUCAUGUUUAGAGCAGAAGACGGUGGCGAUGGAAUCACAACUACCAGUCCCCCGGCAACAACAGACGCUGUGCCCAAACUAUCCGAUGAUGUAAUGUCGCCAGUACCCCGAAAACUCGAUGAUGUCAUGUUUAGAGCAGACGACGGUGGCGAUGGCAUCACAGCCACCAGUCUCCCGGCAACAACAGACGCUGUGCCCAAACUGUCCGAUGAUGUAAUGCCGCCAGUACCCCGAAUACUCGAUGUCAUGUUUAGAGCAGAAGACGGCGGCGAUGGCAUCACAGCCACCAGUCCUCGGGAGCCAACUGAUGCUGUGCCCAAACUGACCGAUGGCGCUGAUGGCUUCAUUGGGACUGGGAUCAGCGACACCAUUGCUGGUCCGUCUACGAGCCGUGUUGUGAAGCACGAUGUCACCACGCAUUCGGCUGACAUUGUGCAGAGUUCUCCAGCCAACAGAUCUGAACAUAGUCUAGCCGGUGCUCCGUCAGAAAAGGCAGACCCGUCAACGGACUCCGUCACGUUCGACACACAGGCAACCAGCAGCAGAGACGCUACUGAGUCGAUCGGCCCAGCGGCAGCGAGCGCUGCCUCGACGCCGCAAAGCGGCUACAACCUGGCCAUCGUUCUGGCCUCGAUGUGCGGCAUACUGCUGUGCGUCAUCUUCCUUCUGGCCUGGCAGGUGAAGAACAUCCGCAAGCCAACAGUGCCAUGGAAAAUGCACAAGUACAAAACCCAGCGAAACUGUUCAUCAUGCAAGAAUUCCAUCUCGGAUUCAGGCUCGUGCUCGUCAACGGCCUCCGGUGGUGCGCCAGAGGAACUGCAUCAGCACUACUACUAUAACCCUAACCGCUCGGGUGGGACUAGCCUCCAUCGCUCGCCAUCGUCAACGUCCACAAGGACGUUCGCUUCCCUCGCUCCGCUGCGGUCUUACACCAAUUCCCUGGAUGCCUCCUCGACUGGCAGUGGCGAGGGCAAUGCACCGCGAACGCGUACAACACCAUUGCCAUCGUCGGAAGGAGCGUGCCCGCCAGCAGGAAGAUCACUGACAUCCCCGGAGACAGCAUCACCACCGUCGGGAGGAGCAUUCCCGCCAGCAGCGGAAAGAGCAUUGCCUCCAGCUGGAAGAUUACUGACAUCACCAGAGACAGCAUCACCACCACCGAUACCACUGACUGCUAGAUCAUCACCACCACCACCACCGACGCCGACACCUGCUAGAUCAUCGCCACCACCUAAGAAAUCAUGGUCGCCAAAGUCAGUGUUCGCAAAAUCUUGGUCGGUGGUGGCAAGAUCCGCUACGCCGUCGGAGAGAUCGUCAUCGCCAUCACCGCCAUCACAGCCAGCAAGAUCCACACUAUCUCGUGCAUGUUCACUACCUGAAAAAGCAUCGUCAUCGUCACCGCCCACCAGACCACGUUUGCCUUUGAAGGACGCCAGACAGCUCAUGGCAUCACCGCGCCUGUUCAAUUCCCUGUCGCUGGGCGGCGGGCUUAAAACGUCGCCACUGAGCCAACAAGCAGCAACUUCGCUGAUCUUGCCCUUGGACGAGAUGUGUUCGGCACAAGAGGGCGGUUUCGAAGUGGACGAUCAUGAAUCGCCGCCAGGGUCCACCGUUGCGAAGCCGACCCGCUACAUAGAGACUUCAGCAGCCGUGGGGUCUGAGUCUGGGCCUCCGGGCUCGUGCCUGGGAAUGAAAUACUCCAAUAUGGAUCUGCCAUCGGCCGGACUUGUGGGCGUUUUCCCCUCCAGGAGCGAUGUGUUUCCAGAAAACAGCGACAGAGAAUAGAAGCAAUGUCCUGAGUGCUCUCCAUCCUUCUUUCCUGUUCUUGAACAGCUGGGGAUGCCCAGUGUUUCGUUUUUUAUUAAUUUUUAUUCAUUUCUUGCCACAUCCCAAGGCGUUUUCUUUCAAGUGCGGAUUAGCACCCGGAAAAUCUCGCCGCCUCUUUUACUACAUCAUUACUUUCAUACAGCAUACACACGUCAGUUUCACGUUUUCGACGCUGGUAUUCAGCGCAUGUUCACUCCUGUCAACGGCGGUAGCAUGGCCUCUACUUCCCUUCUUGAUAUUUUAUAGCAACCAAGAGUACAAUCUUUCUCCACGCCGACUUUUCGUGAUAUCGUCUUCAUUUUUCUAAUCGUCCAUGAGUUGCAAGUGAAGAGAUAAAAAAUACUAUUGUUGUUUUACCAGGUUAAACUACCGGGGUAACUGUAUCUUGUGCAACUGCUAUCGAUCAUUCUGCUUUAAACAUUCCUUGCAGUAGUGAACACCAGUGCUGGCAUGGAUGGUCGGGGACUGG